AUGCAGCCUUCCCCGUGGACACCCGGGCCCACACGCGCCGCAGACACCUGCCCGUCUCCGCCUGGACCUGAGCGUCCUCCCACGGCCAGGGCUCAGGCAGCCGCUUCCAGCCUGGGACUGGCCUUGGCCUCCGGCAGAGCGACCCGGGGCCUGGACAUGAGUGCCCAGGAGCCCCAUCAGGGUCGGAGAUUCCCCAUUGAGGCGGGCGACUCCCCUGGCCUUGCCGCCGCUCCCGAGUCCCAGGACAGCCCAGAGCCAGUAGCUACGGAGCACAACCCGGUCAGGCCGCUUCGACGCUGCCCUGGCUGCCACUGCCUGACGCUGCUGCACGUGCCCAUCGACGUCUACCUGGCUAUGGGCGGGAGCCCCCGGGCCCGCGCCACCUGAGUGCGCCUGAGCACGUCGCGCGCGCCGA